UUCGGCAUUAAUAAUGUAGACAUUACAUUUUCCUUAUUCAUAAUCAUGAUUUUCAAUUGCUUACGCAAAAGCAAAUAUUAUGAUAGGAUGAUCAGUAGCGCACGCGUGAGCAAAUUAGAAGUGAGCGAUCCAAAAUCAUUAGAAAUUAUUCAAAGGUACGAAAAGUCUGCUUUAGUUAAUUUGACGACCUUUAUGAGCUUGGCAGUGGUUACAAUAAGUGGUUUAUCAACCAGGCCUGUAAUGGAACAUAAAAUAAAAGGCGAUGACAGAAUACUGCCAUUUAUUGGAUGGUAUCCUUAUAAUGUAAUUGCUUCUCCAGCUUAUGAAAUCAGCUACAUUCAUCAAAUUUUUGGAUUUUUUUUGUCAGCUUGUGGAGAUAUUAUGCAUGACGUGCUAAUGGCAAACUUAAUGGGUUUAUUUUGCUGCCAGCUAGAAUUAUUAAUGAAUAAAAUCCAGAAUUUAACGGAUCGUGUACAAGAAGAGGAGGAAUUGUAUGAAGAACUAUGUAAAUGCAUUGAUAAGCACGAAGAAAUAUAUGUUGGAACUAAGUGUUUACAGAAUUGCUUGAGCCCAGCAGUAUUUUUGCAUUUCUCUGUGACUAGUUUAAUUCUAUGUGCAUCUUUAUACCAGUUAGCUAAGAGUACUCAAGUGUCCGAAGCUGCUUACCAGUGCAAAUGGUAUAUUACUUCAACAAAAUUCCGAGCAAGUUUGCGAAUGAUGAUGAUGAGAUCACAAAAGCCUAUUCGAAUCACUGCUGGGUCAUUUAUAGAUCUUACAUUACAAACAUAUGUAGCGAUUGUGAAAGCUUCGUAUUCAUUUUUUGCACUUAUAAAAAACUUUGAGUAA